UAUAUACUCUUUGGUUAAAUAUUAUCUUUGCGUGCCUUCAUCCUCCAUCUCCAUAGGUACUUUAUUAUAGUUACAUUGUGAUUUGUGAAUCUGAUUCAAUUUGUGAAUUGUAAAGUGGCGUAAGCCAAAUUCUGCAUAAGUUUACUCUAGAAAUAUAAAUUAGUGUGUGUAAAAUAUAUCAUAUCAAAAAAUACCUGGAAAUAAAUAGGUUUUUAUACAUUUCUGUAUUUGAAACACUGCUGUAAUAAUUUUUGAGAAUUAUGUUGAAUUGUUCGGAGGCGCCAUUUUGCUUUAGAAUCAACAAAGUAAUAGACUGGUAAAAAUUAAGAAUAGGAAUCAAUUUUGGCCUUGUAAGUACACAUAUUAUUCAGCGUAAUGUCUGAAAAUAAUUCUAAAGAUCCUGCUCUGCAAACCAUGAAUGGCAUGCUGCCAAACCCUAACUGGAUGUACGGUAUGUAUCAUGGAUACAACGGUUAUCACGGAAUGUACCCACCGUAUUUUAACCAAUAUUACAAUCAAAUGGGAAACAACGGAGGAUUUCCUGGAAAUCCCCAACAUUUUCAGCAUAACAAGGAUACUAAGCCUGAAUUCAGUCCGUCGCAGUUUUCUAAACCUCCUCCUCUGCUCGGACCGCCUCCUCCUCUCGACACAAACCGUCCCUUUCAUAAUCAAGGUCCAAUCAGGUUUAAUUUAAAUUCGGUGAGGAAACCAGCGCCUUUGCCUCCAAUCGAAAAUCCCUUGUUGUCCACUAAUUGCGGUCCUAAAAAAAAGCGAAAGAAGGGCAAUAACAAAACGAAUGACGAUAAUCAGGAGUGUUUGAACAUAGACUUGCCGCCAUUACCUGAUCAUCCUCCACCGUUACCACCGCUGCCUCCUCCAGACAUUCCUAAGCCUCCACCCCCACCAAUCGAUAUUCCUUUGCCACCUCCACUCCCAUUGGAAUCACUACCUGAGCCGCCAGAAUUUGAAGAGCCCGUAACCCAAACAUCACUUGAAGAAGAUGUUCAUAAGAAUCCACCUGCAAAUAUUUUUAAAACAAAUACAAUGUGUCCAUCUUCUGCUGGAAAUUGGCCUGACAGUCUUGAGAGGUAUAUAAAAAGGUGCUAUGAGAAAUGUAAAUCCACUUUUGACCGGGACCAAAUUGAUAUUUGUCUGAAGGGUCGCAUUACUGCCGCUGCUAAUAAGGACGAAAUAUGGACUAGAAAUUGGGAUGAAGAGCCCAUUCCAAGUGUUCACAGUGAGCGAAAUAAUUUAUCAGUAAAGCCUGUUCGAGGGGCAUUAAGUUUAUAUCAAAAAUGUGAAAAUAUUGUUGAAACCAGUAAAAAUAGACCUAGUUUAGCAGGCCGAAGUUUCAACACUCACAAAAACUCACCUCAAAGAAGAAGGCGGCCUCAUUCUAGAAGUAGAUCUAGGUCUAGAAGCCCUCCUAGAAAGAGACUUAGCUCUUCAUCUACUUCUAGUGAUGAGGUUGAAGACAAGAAAAUUAAACAAGGAAAAGGACGGCAAAAGCUUAAAGACAGAUUGUCUUUGGACCAAAAGAAAUGUGACAAAUAUCCUAAAAAUAAAAAGAAACAGUAUAAUCAAUUUGUUGUUGAGGAUUUUCAGGGUAAUGCUGAAAAACUUCUGAAAAGGGCUGAAAGGUUUGCUGGCAGUGGUAAUGUUCCCUCCAUUGCUAGUUCAUUGCAAGCAGGCCCCAAAAGGAUAGAACCUACAAUUAGGAAACCUAUCAUACAGGAUAAUGAAGGAGAUUAUGAAGUUAACAACAUGCAUAUUGUUGGUACAUGUCUGGAUUUAGAAAAAUCAUUUUUGAGAUUGACUAAAGCUCCAGAAGCUUGUGAGGUUAGACCUGUAUGUGUGUUGAAGGCAUCUCUUAAAUAUGUAAAAGAAAAAUGGGUAGAGAGACAAGAUUAUAGAUAUGCAUGUGAUCAGUUGAAAUCUAUUAGACAGGAUUUAACUGUACAAGGUGUAAGAGAUAGUUUCACAGUAGAUGUGUAUGAAACUCAUGCACGAAUUGCAUUAGAGAAAGGUGACCAUGAAGAAUUUAACCAAUGUCAAACACAAUUGAAAAUGCUUUAUAGUGAAUUGCCUGAUAGUAGAGCAAAUUCAGCUGAAUUUACAGCCUAUAGGAUAUUGUAUUACAUAUUUACCAAAAACACAUUAGAUUUAACAACUAUAUUCCAAUUUCUUUCAAAAGAUGACAGGGAAAAUGAAUGUAUAAAACAUGCACUUGAAACCAGAUGUGCUUGGGCUACUGGAAAUUUACAUAAGUUUUUCUUAUUGUACAAAACGGCUCCGCUGAUGGCAGGUUAUCUCAUGGAGUGGUUCAUCGAGAGAGAAAGGAAACAAUAUCUCAAAUACAUCAUAAAGUCCUACAGACAGACCGUUCCUGUGGACUUCAUCAUUCGAGAGUUGGCGUUUGAGUCGAGUUCAAAGGCUUUUGAGUUUUUAAAUCAGUUUCCUCUUUCGUACACUGGCUGCGAUCAAACUCAAAUAGAUUGCAAGGCCAGCCUCCCAGCUGUAGCGAGUAUAUAACAUUUUCUGUUUGAUAGCCGUCCUGUUAUAGUAGCGUGUUGUUGCGUGGUAAUGUAACGACCGCGCAGCCACAGGGUGGGACACAAGAAUGGAGUCCUGGUCGUCAGUCAUAUAGUUGUCAUCUUUUUUAAUAAGAUUUCCUAGGAUGAGGCGGCAAGUUAAAUCAACAAGUUAUACUUUAAGUUCACCAGAACAGAAGAUGAAGACGCGCAUACAGUUAUUAUCAAGAAUGAAGACAAUGUGGUGCCCCGAACAUUAAUGUGCUACUAAAGUUGGGAGAAUAUUCCAUAAUUCAUACAGAAUAGUGUUCACAAGACUUUCAAAGACUUAUGAAGUUAAGUGUUUAUCCUCAAUGUCUACUUUGUAAAUAUAGAAAUUGUUUUAUUAUUUAA